AUGGACUUAUAUUAACAUUCUUAUACACUUCCACCUAAAAGAUUAUGCAAAGAGCCUAAGUUGGCAAUCUCUAUUUUAAAAAGAAAGUUCGUAGAACCAAUAUAAGACUUUGCUGGUGUUCGAAGAACUAGAACAAGUUUCUCACCUUAAAGAAGAAUGAAAUCAAUUUAAACUAGAUAAAAAUCUGCAAUAUAAACAUUUAAUUUUGAAGUAGGAUAGAUAAUAGUUCCUAAAAGAAAUUCUCGAGUAACUAGAUUUUAAGGUCCCAAUUUUCCAUUUAAUCUAAAUUACUUGAUAAAACAAAUGAAUGCUUUAAAAUGA